AUGGACAGACACAAAACCCAAAGGCCCCGAAUCUCUAUCCCUCGACAUAACCUUCCCCAACCACGCCCACGUCUACUACGGAAUCCUAAACACGCCACGGACCUCUCUCUCCCAAGCACAAUAGGCCCCACCUCAAGAUAUACAGGCCCCUUCCGUCUCUACAACGCAGACAUAUUUGGAUACCCCUUAGACUCGCCGACUUCUCUCUACGGCUCGAUUUCGCUCAUGCAUGCGCAUUUUGCAACGCCGACGGUGGCUAUUUUCAAUGCCAUUGCGUCAGAAACAUGGAUCGAAUUGGAGUGA